AUGGGUUUUAGUUUGCUAAAAGUACGUUAUUGGGUGCAAAUAGAGAACAAAUUAAGGAAAGAUGCUAUUGAUGUUCAUUGUAUGGGUGAUGCUGGUGCUCACCAUGAAGAUCUAGGGCUUGUAGAAGUUCCAAAUAGUGGUAAUUUAAAUUGGACAUUCAAAAGUCGUUUUUGGAUGCAAUUACAAUAUCGUUGUACUUUGACAUGGCCUAAUCAUGGUAGUAAAGAAAUUAUAGCUUUUUAUGAUGAGAGAAAGUUUAUAGAUAAACGUUGUGGUGGGCGUCAUUGUUUUUGGAAAGCGGCUGAUGAUGGGAUUUACUUGUAUCAUAUUCAGAAAAAGAAAUAUAUUUUUGCGGAAACUUGGGAUAAGCUCUCCUAUAACUAUAAGUAG